UUUGCGGAACACAACGUCUACGAUCUGGUGCCCCUCAGCAGCGCUCCCAAGGGAGAGAAGACCCUCGCUACGGAAUUCGUCUUCAAGAAAAGCUGGACGGACGCUUCAAAGCUCGCCUGGUAGUCGGAGGACAUCGUCGAGCACCAGGACAGGAUUACGGACGCAGCUACGCCCUCGUUUGCCGUAUCGGGAGCAUUCGCAUGACGUGCGCCAUUGGCUGCCACAACAACUGGCCCAUCUACCAACUGGACGUUGUCGGUGCCUUCCUAAACGCCCUCUGCGACAGAGACGUGUACGUCAGACCCGCUCCCGGUACAUCCGCCAAGAACACCACGACAGGAGAACUCAUGGUGUACAAACUAGAACGGAGCCUCUACGGCCUAUCGCAGUCGCCGGCGGUCUGGAACGACACCCUCGACGGGUCUCUCACGGUGUUCGGAUGGAAAAGGACUCAAUCCGAACCCUGCGUGUACGUGUAUACCAGCGGCAACAUCAUCGUGAUUCUCACGGUCUACGUAGACGACAUUCUCCUCACGGGAGGAGACCAGCAGCUCGUGGACCUGGAGAAGAAGGUGUUCGUGUGUCUGGAUACGAGCAUGGUAGAUCUGCUAGCAGCACGGGGGGGGAUGGCGGGCCGCAAAACCGGAGGGACCACUCCGGACGGCUCGCAGGCAGGAGACACAAAUAGCAGCGAGCAGAUGGACAGCAUGCGGUUUGAGAUCAGUUCGCUGACACAGCAAAUGGGCCAGCUGGUGCAGCUGGUCGGAGGACUUGCUACACGUAUAGAGGAGAAGUCCGGCGGUGCCACGGAGGGCGCCGCUGAAAGCGGCGGCGCCGUGGAGAGCGUCACCACAAGCACUGCAGGUCAUUUUGGGACCGUGCAGUACGACGGGAGCGCGCAGGCAGCGGACCUGCGAAGAGAGUCUGGUCCUUCGGGACGACACAGCGGCGAAGUAGGGGGUUCAGACCCCCAAGAGGUGAGAGUAGCCGCUGCUCACAAUCAAGCUUGUUUCAGCAGCGCCAUGGGAAGUGGUGCUGCUGUCUUCGGUAGUGCGAGCGUGGGAUACCAAAGCGUGAAGUACACAGCGCCCACGUUCAGCGGAGACGCCAAGAGCUUUUCUUCGUGGCUAGAGAAUGUUUUGAUGGCAGCGAACACACAAACCUUCUUGAGCUUUUCGAGGAGGGGGGGGCGGAGAUCCCCGUAAACAGUGGGCAGAGCAAAGUCCAACUGUCCAGGUUUUACCCGCACGACAAAGUAGAGCUCGCUUUCCACGCGUGGAAUUUCCUCCGUGGAGCUCUCAAGGACGAGAAAGACAGGACAAUAAUGAAGCGAGCUGAGUCGCCCCUGGGGGCGCUCCGUGAGCUGAAGGGGUUGUACGACCCAGAAUCGUCCAUGCAGCCUGCGGAUGAGUUAAAAUCCCUGACAUCCAAGAAGAUCCCGAUGGCAGAGAAUCCGCAACAUGCUCUCAACAGUAUGCUCGCCACCGCAGAGUCCCUUUCGAAACGGGGGCUUGAUGUUAACGAAACCUUCGUUUUGCACCUCUUCUUGGAUGCCCUCUCCAACGAGUACGCUGCUGAUACAGCAGCCACGUGCUCCAUGUUCCGAUGCGCAAACGCGUUCGCGAACUGCCGCGAGUGUAGUGGUUGGGUCAAGGGGAUCGGAGGCAACAAGGCCCCCGUUCCUCUCCUAGGGUACGGAGACGUGACCGUAGUCUUUCUGACCGAAGGCGGUAGGGUACCAGUGCUAAUCCUGAACGCCGCUCAUUAGCAUCCUUUGAUUCAACGCGGGCUGCCCACGGUUUAUUGGACACUAACAUAACCCUCUCAAAGUAUUUUUCAGCCCUUUCCAUGCCUCUCAAGGUUAAUCGUCGUUGAAGUACAUUGUCCAUGUUUUGUUCGUGUUGCUUUUUUGGUUCGGUGUGCGAAGACCCCACGCAAAGUGACUCUUUUUUCCCCCUGUUGUUGUGGUGGCCGAAUCUCAUGGCAGGCAGCGAUCCACAUAAUUGUGGUCCAGCUGCUUCCUAAGCUGGCGAGCCGCAAGUCGGCGACCAUUGAAAAGGGAUAUUUUUAAGGAGGGUGGCGCGAGAAUGUACACCGGCAUCCAGACCGUAUUGCAGGACAUGUGAGCGACGAGUGGAGGUAUCGUUGCUACUGCAGUACCCGCUGUUGCCUUGUGUUUUUUGGAUGGAAGAAGUUAGUCUGUUGGGGGUCUGUUCAACUGUGCUGGUGACAUGAACCGUUUGGGUGAUGAGGUCAUUGUGUCCUUGGUAGCGAGUGCAGAUAUGGUCUUACACAGCCGCAUGUUUCUAUUGUUCUUGUUCGGGGGCGCGCCCUGUGUUGCUUGUUGCUAAUUCUAGCACCCUAGGGACAUACAUGAUGUGGCAAUUCACCAAGGAACGCCUGGCUUCGUCGAGUGCCUAUCGGCGGAAAGGCGACUUUUGGGACAGGACUUGCUUCACGAGUCCUUCCUCGCGCAGGUGACAGAAUGGGUGUUUGCAGGUUGUACUUCAUUUUACCUGGCAGAUUUCCCCUGAACACUACCAACCGAGGGCUAAAAGGUGCCAUGGGCAACUUUGAUUUCUUCCCACGCCUAGGCCAGGAGUCAUCCCGCUGCAUCUAUUGUUUCCCGAUUUCCGAUCCAUCGCUUUUCCCGCAACGCUAAAAGACGCAAUUGUGGGAAAGCGUAGGGAAGGGGGUGCUUAUUCCGAUUGAAAUUUUCGCCGGAAGUGGAGGCUACUCAUGCUUCUACUGUGUGACCUAGUUCCGUGAAGCGAACAGAUAACCAACUAUGCUGUUGAUAGAACCAGCGGGAAGUAACUAAUGAAUGCCUCAGCAUCUACCAGAAAAUAAUAUUGUCGUUUCAACACUACCCUCUCAGAUACCCCGCCCAUUCGGCCGAAAAAGUGGCAAACACGUUGAAAUCUCCCCCCGGUGUUCUUGAUCCGCAAAAUUGAGAAACCACCCCACCACCCUCGGGGUAGUCGUUGUCAGGAUCAAAGAUUGCCAAGCCCCCCGGGACGAACGAAAAAUAGCUACAGCCGCAUGCCUUUCGGCAAUCUACAGCUUGCCUCACCUCCGUCGGAGUGUAGAAAUGAUAUUUCGCAUCCUGGACGUACGUCGGAAGAUACACAACCAACGGAAUACGCAUGCUUCUUUGGCUCAUCACCCCAUCGGCCUACCCGUGACUUUCCCUUCCCUUCGUUACGUUCGGCCAUAAUUUCUGUGCAACAUGCUGCACGCCAGGUCAUGGCGCCCUCGUCGCCAUGCCUCCGCCAUCCUCACAGAGUAUGGGAACCCCGAGAUCAUGCGCUUCCUCUCCCCAUCUG